AUGUUAGUGUUGACAGAGAAUAGCCAUAUUGCAUUCAACGAUCCUCCAGCUGAUUUUGAGACUACCGAACCUUAUAUUGUAGUGAAUCUGGACGAAGCAUGCAGGAAACAGCAGCUUGGUGAGGGAUGGUUCAAGAGUCUGGACGAAGUCCCACAACAGGCAAUUUCAAUGAGUGUCCAGCAAAUUAUGAAAUCAAAAGCACUUGUAGUCACAGUUCCAGACAAGCGUAAAGCAGCAGCAGUGCAGACGAGUAUUGAAGGUCCAUUGCAGCCAUCAGUACCUGCUAGCAUUCUCCAACGUCAUAACAACUGUGUUGUAUUCUUAGACAAACAGUCUGCAUAGACAGCAGCCCAUGUCAUUAAAAUUGUCUUUUACUGUUUGUUAGAUUUGUGGUAAACUAACCCUAAAGCUGGACU